AUGGCUUAUUCGGGUAAGCUGACCGAUUCCAACUUGGUGCGUGUGGCGAUCGAUCUUAAGAAUCAGUACAUCGGUUGCAUACUGGUGUUGGGUAUAGUGAUGGUAUCUCUCGUUCGUCAGCCAGCAUUUAGUCGCCUUAUUCAGGUGUUGCUGAGUGUCGAUCAGGCAAUACCGGAGAUGGUUCGAACUGCUGGACUAUCGGCCAUCACGAAGGUUAAAGUCAACAAUAUUGUCUGGCUACGUAACGUACUGCUAAUGCUAAUCCUGGGUGUCGGUGUGAAGGCAGUGCUGGAGGUAACCAACUGCCUCAUGUACAUCCGUGACAGUGGUUCCCCAUUCUCUUCCAACUGCCUGCUGCUUUGCAUCAUACCUCAAACGCUUUGCGUUAUCAGUGAGCUACAGUUUGUGGCGUUUGCGUUGCUAAUCAGCGAGCGGUUGAAACUGCUUAACCGCUGGCUGCUCCAACUGCUGCCCCAUCUAGGACGUGGCAGUGAGGCGGCGUACGAGUCGGUGCGUCAUCUCGUCCGCAUCCAUGACCAGCUCCUCAAGGCGAUCGGGCUGCUUAACUGCUGUUUCGGAGUGCAAAACACGAUCCUGCUGCUUUACCAGUUCGUGACACUGGUGGAGCUGGGGUAUAACACAUGCAUGAUGUCCGUCCGGUAUGCGGAGGCCAAGGUUCAGCAGGGCGACAGUACGGAAGACUUUCUUGAAACUGUGUACUGGGUGGUUUGGUUUGUGGUAGAGAUAUUUGUACUGUGCUACUUCAGUCACGAUACAGUGGAGGAGGCACGUCGGACAGUUCAUCUUCUAAGGAUGCCAAACGUUUACGGACCAUGCCAACGAAUCAACUUUGGCACGAUUUCUCAAGAACAACUAGUGUUUCGGAAUGUCAAGACGAGCAUCUCCUGUUGUGGACUCUUCACCAUCGAUCUGACAUUAUUCCAUGCGAUUAUUGGUGCUACAACAACGUACCUAAUCAUUUUGAUUCAAUUCGAUCAAUCGUUUAACGGUGAUUAA